AUGGCUUAUGUACAAAAUUGCUUCCAGAACCAUUCUCUUUUCCACAAGGCUCUUAAAGAGGCUUUCGAAGUUUUUUGCAACAAGUCUGUUGCAGGCAGCUCAAGCGCUGAGUUGCUGGCUUCCUUCUGUGAUAAUAUACUUAAGAAGGGUGGGAAUGAGAAAUUAAGCGACGAAGCCAUUGAAGAGACCCUCGAGAAGGUGGUUAAGCUGCUUGCAUAUAUUAGCGACAAAGAUUUCUUUGCAGAAUUUUAUAGGAAAAAACUUGCUCGGAGGUUGCUGUUUGACAAAAGUGCAAAUGAUGAGCAUGAAAGGAGUAUAUUAACAAAGCUGAAGCAGCAGUGUGGAGGGCAAUUUACCUCCAAGAUGAAGGGAAUGGUUACAGAUUUGACCUUGGCAAAAGAGAACCAAUCCAACUUUGAGGAGUAUCUUAGGGUUAGGGAUAAUAAAAACGUAAAUCCGGGAAUUGACUUAACUAUUAAUGUCUUGACUACUGGAUUCUGGCCAACCUAUAAAUCUUUUGACCUCAGCCUUCCUGCGGAGAUGGCUCCUAGUGAGUAUUUGACAGGUUCCUAGCGAAAUUGGCGAAAU